AUGACUUGCUUCUAUGCAAAAAACGCAACGUUGAUGAUGUACCUAUCUGAGCUCACGCGAGGACUGCGAUUUCAUUACCAGUGUGUGCGACAGAGACAGCGAAGAUGGCGUCGCAGGAGACCGAAGCUUCUCCGCAAACCAACGGCGAGGUAAAAAUGAAUGAAAUUGUAUGACUGUCUUCAAUUUGUGACUGUACUAACAGCGGCAUAUGGUUAACUCGAGAGCAGUGAGUGGCACAGCAGAUAUUGUUAUUGAAGUGUGAUCAUUUCACACGAGCCUCUGACGUUGUCAAUGCCGGUCGGUUUAAAAACGACCCCCUGCCUUUCACGAUGCGUUUGUUACAGCAUCUUGCAAGGUAGAACUGUCGACAAACAUAUUUCUGAACAUAAUAAUGAGGUCGGCACUUGGGGAAACAGAUACACGUUAGCCAGCUUUAAACUAGUUAGCUAACUAUUAUUAGCUGGCUAACAUAGUUAAAUUAGUAGUUAGCUACAGGAGUGGCUAGCUAGACUGACAAUGCUAUUUGGUCGGCCUAUGUAGCUACGUAUCGUUAGUAGAUUAAUUUGUCAAACAUGACCUUAAUCUAACGGCCUUAUUCAAUGGACUAACGUUAUUUAUUGACUGAGUACGAAACGAAUCACAGCCCAAUACUGAGAAUAUAUCGAACAUCGAUGUGAUUUAAAGAUUGCAAGUAGGGAUGUACUUUCUAGAUUUAGGUUAGUUAGCUAAAUUAGUUAUGGAUGUUGCAUCUUGUUAUUAGCAAACAAGCAGAUCCGACCUGCUUGCAUACAACUGCACUAGUGUCAGACAGGCUUCCUGUGUAGAUAAAGACACUGCGGAGCUGGAGCAAGAUAUGACUCGGAAACAUACUGUACCUCAAUCCAGGGAUGAGAAACGUGUUGUACUCCGAAUUGUCCCAUUAUCCCAACUGCUACUACACCGAGAAGAUUGAAUGACUAAUAGUUUUUCCCAAACUGGCCUCAAAGUAUUUUGUAUUAUUCUGUAUGUAAAUCCGAGACACUCCAUUUAGUAUGAUAUAUUACUAUGUAUGGUAUGGUACUGGCUGUGUCGCUUGUAAAGUGGUUAUCCCACUGGUUAUAGGGUGAAUGCACCAAUUUGUAAGUCGCUCUGGAUAAGAGCGUCUGCUAAAUGACGUAAAUGGUAAUGGUUCAUUUGUGGAUGUCAUCACCCAUUUCGUAUGAUAUGUUACGAAUUAAAUUACGUAUAUGUUACGAAUUUGCUAAACAUACAAUUUUUUACGAAUUUGCCAAAACUUACAAUAUGUUAAGAAUUCUAGCUAGGUGGCCAACGUUAGCUAUAGGUGGCCAACGUUAGCUAUAGGUGGCCAACGUUAGCUAAGCUAGGGGUUAGGGUUAAGUUUAGCUAAAAGGAUUAGCAAACUGGAUUAGCUAGAAGGGUUAGGUAACAUGUUAAGUAGUUAAAAAGUUGCUAAGUUGCUAAAAUGCUAACGUUGUCCGUGAUGAGACAUUCGCAUUAUACGCCCAUCCAUCCAUCCCGACCAACCACCCUUUCAUUUUUGCCUUAAGUAACCAUCUGUCUUAUGUAACCAUACCAAACGUAACAUAUCAUACUAAUUUGAGUGUCCCCGGAUUUAUAUUUACUGUGUUAUGUCUAGUCUAUGAGACCAGGCUGUUUUUCCGGAAAACUGACCCUUUCAUCCACAUGGUAGGUAGCAGAAGCCACAUUAGCCAUUUUGGAAUUGCAGUUUCAGACAAUCAGCUCUUGUUGUUCAACGCAACAUGCCAUUCCAUAAUGGCUGCUGUGGCUACUGCUAACUAUGUUGUUCAAUCUUCUCUUGUAACAGUUGGGAUGAUGGGACAAUUCGGAGUACAAAGCAUUUCUCAUCCCUGGAUUGAGGUAUGUUUUCAAAGUGAGAAGCCGGCUAAGCUACACAGGAAGCCUGUCUGACCCUAGUGCAGCUGUAAGCAAGCGGGUCGGAUCUGCUGGUUAGUUAUUAGCGAGCAAGCUAGUCACUUCGGUCAAACUCCAUGAGUUCCUUUUGCAAAUUUGAGGAACAUUUACCUGUGUGACAAUUUAGGAAAUAUGAGUACUCAUUUACACCUGACAUAGUUGCGCUUAGGUAGAAAAACGUUUUUUUCUGUCAUGUUGCAGAGCAAACAGUGCACAUACAGUUGAAGUCGGAAGUUUACAUACACUUAGGUUGGAGUCAUUAAAACUCGUUUUUCAACCACUCCACAAAUGUCUUGUUAACAAACCGACUUGUUUGGCAUGUCGGUUAGGACAUCUACUUUGUGCAUGACACAAGUCAUAAAAAAAAAAAAAUGUUUACAGACAGAUAAUUUCACUUAUAAUUCACUAUCACAAUUCCAGUGGGUCAGAAGUUUACAUACACUAAGUUGACUGUGCCUUUAAACAGCUUUGAAAAUUCCAGAAAAUUAUGUCAUGGCUUUAGAAGCUUCUGAUAGGCUAAUUGACAUCAUGUGAGUCAAUUGGAGGUGUACCUGUGGAUGCAUUUCAAGGCCUACCUUCAAACUCAGUACCUCUUUGCUUGACAUCAUGGGAAAAUGAAAAGAAAUCAGCCAAGACCUCAGGAAAAAAUUGUCAGACCUCCACAAGUCUGGUUCAUCCUUGGGAGCAAUUUCCAAACGCCUGAAGGUACCACGUUCAUCUGUACAAACAAUAGUACGCAAGUAUAAACACCAUGGGACCACGCAACGUCAUACCGCUCAGGAAGGAGACACAUUCUGUCUCCUAGAGAUGAACGUACUUUGGUGUGAAAAGUACAAAUCUAUCCCAGAACAACAGCAAAGGACCUUGUGAAGAUGCUGGAGGAAACAGGUACAAAAGUGUCUAUAUCCACAGUAAAAAAGUCCUAUAUCGACAUAACCUGAAAGGCCGCGCAGCAAGGAAGAAGUCACUGCUCCAAAACCGCCAUAAAAAAAGACUACGGUUUGCAACUGCACAUGGGGACAAAGAUCGUACUUUUUGGCGAAUUGUCCUCUGGUCUGAUGAAACAAAAAUAUAACUGUUUGGCCAUAAUGACCAUCGUUAUGUUUGGAGGAAAAAGGGGUUGGCUUGCAAGCCGAAGAACACCAUCCCAACUGUGAAGCACGGCGGUGGCAGCAUCAUGCUGUGGGGGUGAUUUGCUGCAGGAGGGACUGGUGCACAUGAGGAAGGAAAAUGUUGUGGAUAUAUUGAAGCAACAUCUCAAGACAUCAGUCAGGAAGUUAAAGCUUGGUCGCAAAUGGGUCUUCCAAAUGGACAAUGACCCCAAGCAUACUUCCAAAGUUGUGGAAAAAUGACUUAAGGACAACAAAGUCAAGGUAUUGGAGUGGCCAUCACAAAGCCCUGACCUCAAUACUAUAGAAAAUGUGUGGGCAGAACUGAAAAGCAUGUGCGAGCAAGGAGGCCUACAAACCUGACUCAGUUACACCAGCUCUGUCAGGAGGAAUGGGCCAAAAUUCACCCAACUUAUUGUGGAAAGCUUGUGGAAGGCUACCCAAAACGUUUGACCCAAGUUAAACCAUUUAAAGGCAAUGCUACCAAAUACUAAUUGAGUGUAUGUAAACUUCUGACCCACUGGGAAUGUGAUGAAAGAAAUAAAAGCUGAAAUAAAUCAUUCUCUGCUCAGCUGGUAGAGCACGGCGCUUGUAACGCCAAGGUAGUGGGUUCGAUCCCCGGGACCACCCAUACACAAAAAUGUAUGCACGCAUGACUGUAAGUCGCUUUGGAUAAAAGCGUCUGCUAAAUGGCAUAUUUAUUUUAUUUAUUUAUUAUUCUGACAUUUCACAUUCUUAAAAUAACUGACCUAAGACAGGGAAUUUCUACUAGGAUUAAAUGUCAGGAAUUGUGAAAAACUGAGUUUAAAUGUAUUUGGCUAAGGUGUAUGUAAACUUCUGACUUCAACUGUACAUGCCACUGGCCUGUCAUCCCCUUCAGAACAGAUCCCAUCAAUUACUAUUUUUUAGUUCACGUGAUAUUUGCUUUCCACUGUGAGACCAUGCGUGUAAAAAAAAUCUCUGGAACUAAUCCAUUGCAGAGGCUGAGACUAAUCCAUUGCGGAGGCCGCGUGGAUGGCACAGUUCAAGAAGAAGGGGAGUGUGGCUAAGAUGCACAAUGCACGUCUCUCUCUCCAGAAUGUGCUCUCUCAAAUCAAAUUUAUUUGUCACAUGCGCCGAAUACAACAGAUGUAGACAUUACAGUGAAAUGCUUACUUACAAGCAAAAAUUUAAAGAGCAGCAGUAAAAUAAAAUGACAGUAGGGAGGUUAUAUACAGGGGGGUUCCGGUAUAGAGUCAAUGUGCGGGGGCACCGGUUAGUCGAGGUAAUUGAGGUAAUAUGUACAUGUGGGUAGAGUUAUUAAAGUGACUAUGCAUAAAUAAUAAACAGAGUAGCAGCAGCUUAAAAGAGGGGGUUGGGUUGGGGGGGGGGGGGUAAUGCAAAUAGUCUGGGUAGCCAUGAUUAGCUGUUCAGGAGUCUUAUGGCUUGGGGGUAGAAGCUGUUAAGAAGCCUUUUGGACCUAGACUUGGCGCUCCGGUACCGCUUGCCGUGCGGUAGCAGAGAGAACAGUCUAUGACUUGGGUGGCUGGAGUCUUUGACAAUUUGUAGGGCCUUCCUCUGACACCGCCUGGUAUAGAGGUCCUGGAUGGCAGGAAGCUUGGCCCCAGUGAUGUACUGGGCCGUACGCAUUACCCUCUGUAGUGCCUUGCGGUCAGAGGCCGAGCAGUUGCCAUACCAGGCAGUGAUGCAACCAGUCAGGAUGCUCUCGAUGGUGACAGCUAUAUAACUUUUUGAGGAUCUGAGGACACAUGCCUAAUCUUUUCAGUCUCCUGAGGGGGAAUAGGCUUUGUCAUGCCCUCUUCACGACUGUCUUGGUGUGUUUGAACCAUGAUAGUUUGUUGGUGAUGUGGACACCAAGGAACUUGAAGUUCUCAACCUGUUCCACUACAGCCCCGUUGAUUAGAAUGGUGCUCAGUCAUCAGUUUUUUCCUGUAGUCCACAAUCAUCUCCUUUGUCUUGAUCACGUUGAGGGAGAGGUUGUUGUACCUGGCACCACACGACCAGGUCUCUGACCUCUUCCCUAUAGGCUGUCUCAUAGUUGUCGGUGAUCAGGCCUACCACUGUUGUGUCGUUGGCAAACUUAAUGAUGGUGUUGGAGUCGUGCCUGGCCAUGCAGUCAUAGGUGAAUAGGGAGUACAGGAGGGGACUGAGCACGCACCCCUGAGGGGCCCCCGUGUUGAGGAUCAGCGUGGCAGAUGUGUUGUUACCUACCCUUACCACCUGGGGGCGGCCCGUCAGGAAGUCCAGGAUCAACUUUCUUUCGUUGUCCAGAAGCCAAAGGCACAAUCCUAGUCAUAUUAGAAACUCAUCCUAGUUGUUGCUAUUAGAUUCCCCUCUUAAGUUUCUAAUGGAGAUUUUCAUCUGUCAAAUAUGCAACUGCUCGCAAUAGGUGCACUGUUUAGAACAGUGUUUUCCCAAUUCGAGUGAAUUGUGUUUUGGCAAAUGUUUAAAAAUUACGUCUUUAUUAGCUGCUUCAUUACAGAAGUUACAUGUUCAAUAAUAGGCUAUAGCCUUUUGACUGUAAGACGAUAGUGUUGCUAUUGUUGCAUGUUUCCAUUAAGCUCUUAAUGAAAAAUGUCCAGUCCUUGUAUGCAUUCAUGGUAUCUGAGAGGAAGAGGCGACUCGAGAGGUUUCACUCUCGCCAAAAUCGGUCAAAAAUAAGCCCAAUGCGUUUCUAUGGGUUUAUUUUGGACCUAAGCUUGUCGCCUGCCUUCCCGCCUUGGGACGACUCCCAUUGUUAGGGUGGAGACUAAGCAUCUUGUCAUUAUAUACAGAUCUCUGUUGUUAUUGUCUGUUGGUCACGUCAUUUUACUGUUAGAUUUUUUAUUUUGUCGUUUGUUGACGGGUUAAUGAGGGUCAGUUAGUUGGCAGCAAAAUUGACCGAUAUUUGCAUCCCUACGACAGACAAUUUGUUCAGACAAUUUGUUCGUUCGACAUGGUGGGAUCUUUUUGUGUCGGUAAACUUGGAGUCACGCAAUGUUAUGUGGUCGUCCCACUACGACUCGGAAACCAUGCAGUUUAUUCAGCUACAGAUGAAAUAAAUUGAUCAACUUCACAGGGUGGUGAAAGGGUAAGGUGAUAAGCUUGAUGCUCCUUUCCAAUAAAUAUCGAGGGUCUUUUUCUGGUGACAUGAUGAUUGAUGCUUGGCUGCCCUUUUGACAUUUAAAAUCUAGCUCUUUUGUCCAUAGUAAUCUCAUUGUGUAGGCUAUACCCGCACUGUAUCUGCCAGCUGUUGGCUAGAGCGCUUGUGCCAAUACCAGAGUGGGCACAUUCACUAUAUAAUGCAACAUUUUGAGUUGAAAAUGUGAUGGAAACACAUUUAACUUGUAUUUUUGUAUACGGUACAUGGGAAUUGAACGCAGAAAUAAUGUGCAAAACGUCAUCACGCACAGACUUUUAUCCAAAACUAGUCAAUUUGAUGGAAACACAUCUCUGGUGGGAAAAUGCGCAUAUUUUGUUUAGGCAGAGUUUAGAAUAUUCGCAUGAAAAUCUGUCACCUAACUAGUGAAAUAGAUUUUUUUUGGAACCUACACUCUCCUUUAUCAGUGAACUGUUGUCUAGAGAGCAUCCACCAAGAUAAGAUUGGGCAAGUUUGCUAUUGAUAGCAACCGUUUUUUGUGACAAAACCAAUGGAAAUGCGAUGGAAUCACAUUGAACUUCUGUUUUUAUUCAGUUAAUGGAAACCUAUGCGGAAAAGGUGCUUUUUAUGUGCACUAGGCUAUGUCAUCACCCACAGCUUUUCAUCCGUAACAAGCCAGUUUGUUGGAAAAACCUGUAAAAAUGUGCAUAUCUUUUUGGGGGAUAAUUCGCUAUUGGAUAGAAACCUAUUUUAUGAUUCCCUGAUUGAUCUAUUGCCUGUGUGUAGGUGGGCAGCAAUGGAGCUGCUGCAGCCGUGGAUGGCCAGGUUGUACAGACUGCUGCUGGGGACCCUGCGCAGCAACAGCCGGCUCCACCACCCAACGCAUGGUCGGUCAUAAAAGGAGUCCUCUUCAGGUGGGUCAGAGAUGUACACACACACACACACACUGAUAUGAAAACAAUAGACAGCCCCUGUUUACUUGAAUGUGUGGGGGGUGUUUUAAGAAGUAUGGUUGAUGGUAAGGCUAUCCUCUAAUGGGGUCUGGGCCAUGCCCUAGUUUGACUGGAAUAUAUAUGACUAAAGACCUUCAAUCAAGUCAAGCACACCAGCAGCAUUUAAUUCAAUUGAUCUUGGUCUGUCGAAGGUGUCUUGUCUUGAACGUGUGAUUUUGUUGAAUUUUCAGUGUUUGCUAGAUCAUUUUAAAAAAUCUCAACCUAUUGGAAUCUCUCCACACUCUGCUGGUCUUAUUAGUGGAGACAGAAACAGAAUGCUGGGGCCAGGGAGGGAUUAGAAUGACAUUGUUUAGGGUGCAUUAAUGAGUAUCAGGAGAGCUGGGUCCUAUCAUAGAAGCAGUACGGUGUGAGAGUUUCAUACUGUUGCAACACAUUCCCCGGGAGUAUUUCAGUCAACUGAUACUUGAAGCUCAAAACAAGAUGGCAAACUUGGAAGAAGGCCCUGUUGAUGUGAGCCUGACAAUGGUAGCUUGAUGGGAUACAAGACCAUCAGAUUUGGCAAUAGGGUUCAAUCCUCUCCAACAUCUGAUGCUAAAGAUAUCAAAAACAAACACUUGUCUGUAUCUCAGCCUUUGUUUCAGACACACAUACUUACCUUACGGUAGAUGCAAAGUGGGAUACCUUUUACCUAACAUGAACUGUUUUAGAUUUCAACAUCAAUGGGGUGAUGUCAGUUGGGUGGUCCCAAUCAUAGAAAUAUAAUUUAUAUUUCUAUGGUCCCAAGCAUCACACUUUUAAAAAAUCCCAUUACGUUACACAUUUGACUAAAAGUUGAAUUGGUUUCAAUUGGACUAAUCUGACUUUUUUCUUCCCUUGUCCUCAUCCUCUGCAGGAUCUUUGUCAUCUGGGCCAUCAGUAGCUGGUUCCGCAGGGGGUCCUCUACUCCAGACCCCAGUACCCCAGCAGGGGCGCCACAAUUACCCAGCCGAAACCUUUUCCCCAAGGAAAGCCUCAUGGUAUGCCAGCCUUUUCACACCGUUCUGCAUAAGCAAUAAACCUCAGGUCACGUGACUGUAUUGACUUCCUGGUUGACCUUUGGUCUGUGCCUGCUGCUCAGUGUAGGUUCUCUGGGUGAGCUGUGUGAACAGCUGGUCUCCGUCGAUGAGUUAGGUCCUGGCUCGCUUGUUGACUUCACUCAAUAAUUAGUGCACACUGCUGGACUAAGAAGCUGUGCCACAGCAAACAACCACCCAAAGCAGUACCAUAUGGACAAAUCAAUAGGAGAACAUGGAAAUGGAUAACUGAAAUAAAUGUUAACCUGUUUUCCUUCUGCCCUCAGGACCUGUAUGUGUACAUCUCCCAGGACGAGGUGUUCUCUGACUUCAACGACACACAGUCCCUGUUCUGGUUUCAUAGAGACCUGGUCUACGGAGACUGGAACACUGGAGAAGAGGGGGACGGCUGCUAUGAGCACUCACUGGAUCUGGACAUCCCAGAGGUGAGGAGGGAGACUGGGGAGGGAGAAUUAAGAGUAGGAUUUCCAUUUUCUAAUCUCUCUCUCUGAUCCUAUGUGCUACAGAAGGUGCAAAUGAAUGGUUCCCUCUACAUCCACGUGUAUUUCACGAAGACUGGAUUCCACCCAGACCCCAAACGCAAGGGCCAGUAUCGUCGGCUAGCAACAGUCCAUGCCACGCGGAGUAAGUAACUGACAUGCGCACACACCCCUGCUCUGGUGCAUGCAAGACCUUUUCAAACUAGUAUGUCAGUGGUUUGACUCAUGUUUUCCUCUGACUUUUUCAGUGCUGAACAAGUUCAAACGCAGGAAGUUCGUGAAGACUAAGAACCUGCUGACAGGGGAGACCGAGACCGACCCGGAGAUGAUCAAGGUCAGCUGUGUUUACCAUGAUACAUAGACCCCAUUCCUUUUCAGUCAGUAGACCCAGUCCACACAGUAUUGAUUAACUACCUUUUCUCUUCCCCAGCGAGCGGAGAGCCAUGGCCCGGUGGAGAUCAUCUCCCACUGGCACCCCAACCUCACCAUCAACAUGGUGGACGACCAUACAGCCUGGGUCAAGGGCUCGGUCCCCCCUCCACUGGACCAACGUAAGCUCUACCCACCUGUUCUCACGCUUCUCAGUGGGUCAUACCAGAGCAUAUACUAGGAGGGUUGAGAUGUACUGCUUCUUUACAGAAGUCUAACUAAAGGUGAAAUACCUUUUAGUUACCGCUCUAUUCUGGCUGUCAAAUUUUCUCAACCCGUUCCUUUUUACCUUCACCAACCCUACAGAUGUGAAGUUUGACGCGGUGAGCGGCGACUACUAUCCUAUCGUCUACUUCAACGACUACUGGAACCUGCAGAAAGAUUACUACCCCAUCAAUGAGACCCUGCCGUCGCUGCCUCUGCGCCUCUCCUACUGCCCGCUGUCCCUGUGGCGCUGGCAGCUCUACGCAGCCCAGAACGCCCGCUCACCGUGGAACUUCCUGCCAGAGGACACCUACGAGCAGUCUGACGAGGACCAGGACUCUGUCAAGGUCAGGGGUUUAGAGGUCAUAGGCCGGGGCAGGAUGUAAAUAGAGAAGGAGAUAUAUAGAUUUCUGUUUUAUAUUUGCUCCUCCAAUAUAGCACAUCUUAGAAUCAGACUGGUCCCGGAGUCUAGACUCCCUGUUGUUUCCCUGGUAACAAUUGCUAAGGAACUGUGUUGUCUCUGUAGGUGGCCCUGCUGGAAACCAACCCGUACCUCCUGGGCGUGACCAUCGUGGUCUCCAUCGUACACAGCAUCUUCGAGUUCCUGGCAUUUAAGAAUGGUGAACUCACUGUGCUUCUGUUUCCACAGCUGAAUUGCCUAUUAUAAGACCUCUUUUGGAUUCUAUACUCUUCUCUCUCUGUGUGUGUGUCAGACAUCCAGUUCUGGAACAGCAGGCAGUCUAUGGAGGGUCUCUCUGUGCGCUCCAUCAUCUUCGGGGUGUUCCAGUCCCUGGUGGUACUGCUCUACAUCCUGGACAAUGAGACCAACUUCGUGGUGCAGGUCAGUGGGGUUUCAUUUAUUUCAAAAAUGAUUAAAAUAAAGACUUGUCACCAGACCCCUUGUAAUAUCAUUCAUUACGGCAGGCUCUGUACGCAUGUCAUUCAUGACCAUUGUAUUAGAGCAGAGUGGUCCCUUUACUAAUCCCCAUCUUGUGUCCCAUAACCUCCAGGUCAGCGUGUUCAUCGGCCUGCUCAUCGACUUCUGGAAGAUCACCAAGGUCAUGGACGUCAAGGUGAGAUGGAGAACAGGUAUUUCAAUGUGUUUGGUUGCAUAAAUGAAUCCCUGUUUGUUAGCUAAUCCAGAUGUCUCUCCCCAGUUGGACAGAGAAAACAAAUUGUUCGGGAUCCUCCCACGCUUAUCAAUAAAAGACAAGUCAACGUACGUGAAGUCCUCCACCAAAGUCUUCGACGACGUAAGGAAACCUGUCAACACGACACAAUAUAAUACUUUUUAUUUACCGCUCGCAUGGAAAAUGUUGUGCGGAUGUUUUUUUUCCCUCUCCUCUUUCCUCUGCGUAGAUGGCCUUCAGGUACCUGUCAUGGCUGCUGUACCCUCUGUUCGGGUGCUAUGCCGUCUACAGUGUGUUGUACCAGGAGCACAAAGGCUGGUACUCAUUUGUACUGGGCAUGCUCUAUGGCUUCUUGUUAACCUUUGGUGAGUCACUGGUGGUCAUUGUUCAGAAGUGUGAUUUAUUUCCAUUUUUUUUUGUCUGAUUUAUCAGGAAUUCCUAGUUCUCUGGUCAUGGAAGAUCAUCCUUUCCUCCCUUGUUUUCAAUGCUGUGAUGAUCACGUCGCUAAAAUAUCAGUUGCACAGUCCAGGAGAAGUGGCAGUCUAUGCCGUCUUAAUCCUCAUGACAUAGUCUGAUCCCUAUUGACAGUCUGUCCUAGCAGACAAUCUAGCCUUAUUGACCCAUAAGUCUAUCAUUAUUGAUAGUUUGUCCUUGUUAACACAUUCUUUCCUAAAUGACUCUCUUUAUUAAUUGACAUCCUAAGCGAUAUUCUCCCCUAAAUGACACUGUCAGAGACGGACUAGGUGACGCUGCUCAUUGUUUCUCUGAUCUGAUGCGUCGUCGUGUCUGCUUUGUGAUUGGCUCAGGUUUCAUCACGAUGACGCCACAGCUGUUCAUCAACUAUAAGAUGAAGUCUGUGGCCCACCUCCCAUGGAGGAUGCUCACCUACAAGGCACUGAACACUUUCAUCGACGACCUGUUCGCCUUUGUCAUCAAGAUGCCCAUGAUGUACAGGAUAGGAUGUCUCAGAGACGGUGCGUGUUAUCACUCAUUGCCCUCCAACACACACAUUUCAUAGACUUAGUACAGCCCAUUCCGGUUCUUAACAAUGACUAUACCGUUGAUAUGAAAAAACCCUAGUUCCCUUAGGGGUUUAACGGUACACGUAUUACUACCGAACCGUUCGUUAUGGGGACUGCUGUUUGGGCUGCGCUGUGGACCCGAAUUAAUGCAUAAAAAAAUAUUAACAAAAUAAGAACACUAGGCAUAUAGGGAAAGGGGGAUACCUGGUCAGUUGUACAACUGAAUGCAUUCAACUGAAAUGUGUCUUCCACAUUUAAGCCACAUCCACGUCAUCGGCUAUAGGUUAUGCAUACACAGCGUUGUAUGCCUCUUGAGUACAUCGGAGCUGAAAAAACCCCAUUUCAGGCUGUUCCGUUAAAACUACAGUGGUUCAUCAUUUAAAAGUUGCAUCAUACUGCAGUAUAGUGAACGGUAUGCUGUGAUAUGCGUCGGGGAGUCGCAGUGCUUGCCGUUAAUGCUCAUUUGAACCACCAGAGGGCAUCUUGGAGCAGAUCUACUGUCUUUUUAUCAUUCUUUUAUUAACGAAAACGCAAAGAUGUUGAUGAACAAAUACUGUAUACUUUCUAUUGGAUAUGGAGUAUAUACUGUACAUCAUUACCUAUUAUAAGGUUGUUUUGAUUAUUAUGUGGAUUAUAAUACAUUUACAUUUGUAGGGGGGUGAUGCAUUUUCAUCAGGGCAAAUCAGGUCUGGUAUUGAGUUAAAGACAUUUCAAACUUUAGUCUUGUGUCAGGUGAACUGUUGUCCUCGUCUUUUGGUCUGAUCAUUUCGUUCAAACAUUUUAGUUUUAAAAUAAGUUAAAGGGAGCCUUGAAUAAUUAAACGAUAAAUUAACUGCAACAUGUUGGCUAAAGCAAUUGCAAUCACAAAGGAAUGCGACAGUUUUUAAUCUUGGCUGUACUAUUAUUGUAUUUGUUGUGUUCCAAAUGGUCAGAUUAUUUUUUUACAUGAUGAAUUUCCUGCUGCCAAUUGCCAGAUAUCACGUGAUCGGGGUCCUUCUCACAGGUAUCGUAGCUUUGAAGUAGGCUACAAGUGAAGACAGACGGCUGCAACGGAGCGCGUCCUUCUUAUUGAAUUCUGAGGCAGAUAUUAAAGAUGUUAGAAGAACUGUCCACAUUUACUUUUCGUGAGUAGGCCUAACAAACAGCAAAAGUACUAGCAUAUGUCAAUCUAUAGUAGAAAAGUUGACCUAUUCUGUUGAUCAGCUUGUCCUUCUGUGCGAGAAAUAAAUAUUCCAAACAUACUCUGGGACAGUUGUGGGAAGCUAUACAUCCCAAAUUAAUACAACCACUGUACAUUUAAAAAACACUUUUACAAGCAAUGAGGCUGAUGCAACAGAUCAGAACGUUUAGCUUAAAAUGUUGAUAAACUAUUAGGCUAUUUCUUCACAUUAUAAGCGCAGCAAUGCGCACACUGCAGUAGGCUAAAAUGCAAUUAGCGGGAAAACACCCUUAUCAAAAGUGCACUGCAAAUGUGAGCGGAUUCAUAUGACAGGGAUGAAAAUAUCCUUCAAAUGUAGAAAUAGUGAAGCUCCAAAGACUCAUCAACAAGCAUGGGUUGUUAAUAUGACAAAACAAAUAUUUGCCUGCUGGACAACAAAAGAAAGUUGAACAUGAGAGAAAUAAAUACUGGUUUCAAUUGCAUAUGAGGAAGUGUUUAUAAAAUAAUCCCCUUAACAUUCCUAUGGUCGGAACAUGGCAAGACAUGCCUCAUAAAAUGACAAACGUCUGGGUUUUAAACAGUCUAAAUGUUGACUGCCUCCAUUCCGAUGUCAAGGUGGGUGUUGUUGCAGUGUGCAACAGGCACUGGCCUUUCUCUAUCAGAACCAACAGUGACUCAAGUAUGUCGACAGAAUCAAGCCUUUAGAUAUUAAUAAUGAUCCUACAUUAUAUAUUUGUCAAACAUGACUGGCGUUAGUAAUUCAAAGUCUCAUUAAAGUUUAAAGUUUGGCUACAUUUUCAGGUGCCUUACGUCAGCAUCGGUCUGGAAAGGUUGUAGUAAUUGGCUAUUUUGGUUAAUGGUAUUGGUGUCCUAGCAGAUGGCCUUGGUGCCCUGGCAGAUUGGGCACCUCCUGAAGGCCGAAUGGCCUUGCCCCUAAAAUCACGAAGUUCCAGGCCUGGCUAGACCUAAAACAUGCAUUUAAAGUCCCUAAAAAUAGAAAUCAACUCAGCAAGUCUAUUGUCCUGCUGAUAGCCCAUCAAGGGUGGAUGGCUUCUUUUGUAUCCCAAUAAUAGGUUCGACUGCCGAACGAUUUACACCUGGCCCGCAGAUGAGGCAUUGACAGCUAUGAACUCUACAGCAUGCUUCAGACAACCGAGGUGAAUGUGACUGUACAUCAAAUGUUGCAAUGGUGAAACGUUUGAUAACUAUAAUUUUCGCCUGACACGAUAACUUAGCCUACUCUUAAUUCAUGCCUUAUAUGUUGGCAUGCAUAACCUUAUUUAACCAAUUCUGAUAUUUUUAAUGAUGUUAUAGGCAUUGCACUGAAUCGUAUAUUAUUAUGCUGGUUGAAAGAGGAUUUUUGAUAAUAUUACCGUUAUAUCAACACAGUCCUAACUCCCGUUCAACAACUCUAAAUUGCUUUUGCAUGCGCUCCAAAUGGAUAACUUGAAAUAACAUAAUAUAGGAUGAUUAAAUAAUCAAAAGGAAAAUGUGAUUAUUAGCCUAGUGGUAAUUUAAGCAUAUCAUGUGACUUAGGCCUCAUGUAAAAUCAUUGUCAAGAGAUACUGUUGCAUGUAGGUCUAGAUCGUUUAUGGAAAGAAGUAGAGGGAGUCGAGGUGUAACCUAAAAAUGUGUAAACAUCAUUGGAAAGGAAAAGGCGCAAUGCUCGCUAACCAUGAACAAUUCUUAGUUUUAUUAAGCAAGUUUAAAAGAUUGACGUUUCGACCUUCAAUGGAUAAUCACAAAGUGAAUGGACAAGUUCAUAUAGGGCAGGGGUACUCAACUCUUACACUAUGAGGUCCGGAGACUGCUGUUUUUCUGUUCUACCUGAUAAUUAAUUGCACACACCUGGUGUCCCAGGUCUAAAAUCAGUCCCUGAUUAGAGGGGAGCAAUGAAAACAUGCAGUGGAACUGGCUUGGAGGUCCAGAGUUGAGAUUGGGGGAUACAGAGUAUGGGGAAGACAAUUAGGGAGAACACUCUUCAGCUGGUGGUGCUAAUGAGAGAUGGUGCAGUAGACCAUACAGGUUGGUACUCAGGGAGUGGGGUACAAUGGUCAAUGUCUCCACCUAGUGAUGAAAUACAGAAGUGGAACCAGUAAAAAAACAAUUGGAAAACUGGGCAAGCUUUUUUCAACUACAGUAGGUGUAAUUGAUAUUAAACAUGAAUUAUAUAGUAAUGGUUGUAUAUGUUAGGACAGCUUAUGAGGUGUCUGUUGACGACUAGGUGGAACUGGAGAGGCUUCAUGCAUAGCAAGUUACUGUAUUAAGACUAAACAGGACACACUCUUAGGCCUACAGCUCAAUGGUGGUUAUACAAGGCUACUACUAUAAAAGCCUAAUAAUGAUAAUGACAUUACUUAUUAUAAUGAUCAUAAUAAUUGUAAUAAUAACAAUAAGGAGAUGAAGAAAAAGGAGGGUAUCGGAGCGAGAGCUGCUUGCAUAUUAUGUGUGACAAAAGUGGUGUUGGGUUACAAUAUAAUUUUUCUGCCUGUUUGGAACAGUGUGAACAACAGUAAAUAAAUGAUACGUAAUACCAGAGUCUGUUCUAAUAAUACAAAUUAAUAAUUGUAAACCCUUUAUUACAGCUUAGCAAAGAUUAAAAACAGACUGAUUUGUGAAAUUGCUUUAUCCAACAUUUUGCAGUUGUGAGACUUGGUGCUCAGGGAAUCAGUAGGCUAUUAAACAAACACUCAAACAGGCAACAGAAGCAGGAUCUGUCUGAUUCCUGUAGAUAUACACUACAUAACCAAAAGUAUGUGGACACCUGCUCGUCAAACAUCUCAUUCCAAAAUCAUGGGCAUUAAUAUGGUGUUGGUCCCCCCUUUGCUGCUAUAACAGCCUCCAUUCUUCUGGGAAGGCUUUCCACUAGAUGUUCGAACAUUGCUGUGUGGCCUUGCUUCCAUUCAACCACAAGCGUUAGUGAGGUCGGGCACUGAUGUUGGGCGAUUAGGCCUAGCUUGCAGUCUGCUUUCCAAUUCAUCCCAAAUGUGUUCGAUGGGGUUCUGUGCAGGCCAGUCAAGUUCUUCCACACCGAUCUCGACAAACCAUUUCUAUAUGGACCUCACUUUGUGCACGGGGCAUUGUUAUGCUGAAACAGGAAAGGGCCUUCCCCAAACUGUUGCCACAAAGUUGGAAGCACAGAAUCGUCUAUAAUGUCAUUGUAAGCUGUAGCGUUAAGAUUUCCCUUCACUGGAACUAAGGGGCCUAGCCCAAACCAUGAAAAACAGCCCCAGACCAUUAUUCCUCCUCCACCAAACUGGGUCAGGUAGCUUUCUCCUGGCAUCCGCCAAACCCAGAAUCAUCUGUCGGACUGCCAGAUGGUGAAGCGUGAUUCAUCGCUCCAGAGAACGCGUUUCUACUGCUCCAGAGUCCAAUGACGGUGAGCUUUACACCACUCCAGCCGACACUUGGCAUUGCGCAUGGUAAUCUUAGGCUUGUGUUCGGUCAUGGAAACCCAUUUCAUGAAACUCCCGACAAACAGUUCGUGCUGACGUUGCUUCUAGAGGCAAUUUGGAACUCGGUAGUGAGUGUUGCAACCAAGGACAGACAAUUUUUACGUGAUUCAGCGGUCCCAUUCUGUGAGCUUGUGUGGCCUACCACUUUGCCGCUGAGCCGUUGUUGCUCCUAGACGUUUCCACUUCACAAUAACAGCACUAACAGUUGACCGGAGCAGCUCUAGCACGGCAGAAAUUUGACGAACUGACUUGUUGGAAAGGUGGCAUCCUAUGAUGGUGCCACAUUGAAAGUCACUGAGCUCUUCAAUAAGGCCAAUUUACUGCCAAUGUUUGUCUAUGGAAAUUGCAUGGCUGUGUGUUCGAUUUUCUACACCUGUCAGCAACGGGUGUGGCUGAAAAAAAACUAAUCCACUAAUUUGAAGGGGUGUCCACACACUUUUGUAUUAUAUAGUGCAUAUGGAUGAUUUAUAAAGACAUGCACGUUUAACAGUUAGGCUAUUGAUAAUAGACCUACAGUGCCUUGCGAAAGUAUUCAACCCCCUUGGCGUUUUUCCUAUUUUGUUGCCUUACAACUUGGACUUAAUUUAUUUUUGGGGGGGGUUUGUACCAUUUGAUUUACACAACAUGCCUACCACUUUGAAGAUGCAAAAUAUUUUUUCUUGUGAAACAAACAAAACUUGAGCGUGCAUUACUAGGACCUCUGUAGCUCAGCUGGUAGAGCACGGCGCUUGUAACGCCAAGGUAGUGGGUUCGAUCCCCGGGACACCCAUAUACAAAAAUGUAUGCACGCACGACUGUAAGUCGCUUUGGAUAAAAGCGUCUGCUAAAUGGCAUAUUAUUAUUAUUAUUAUUAUUAUUAUUAUUAUUAUUAUUAUUACUAUUCACCCCCCCAAAGUCAAUACUUUGUAGAGCCACCUUUUGCAGCAAUUACAGCUGCAAGUCUCUUGGGGUAUGUCUCCUAGCCACUGCUCCAGCUCCUUCAAGUUGGAUGGGUUCCGCUGGUGUACAGCAAUCUUUAAGUCAUACCACAGAUUCCCAAUUCGAUUGAGGUCUGGGCUUUGACUAGGCCAUUCCAAGACAUUUAAAUGUUUCCCCUUAAACCACUCGAGUAUUGCAUUCUAAACUGAAGAUCAUGAUUAGUUGAUUAUUGGAGUCAGGUGUGUUACCUGGGGCAAAAGUGUGACACCAAUCAGGCCCCAGAGGACUGGAGUUGCCCAUCCCUGCUACAGAUGGACCUCCAAGCCUAGUCCAUUGUUGAUGUAGUCCCAAUUUUUUUUGCAUUUCAGCAAUCAAGUUUAAGAAAGAAAUACAGCCGGUAUGAUGCGUUUACCAAAUAACAUUUUAGCGGCCCCCCUCGUGACAGCGAAGAGAGAAAUUACGUUUUAAAGUUAAUUUCCGGCAAUUCUGCACAUUUUGCCAUAGGGUGGAGGCAAAUGUUUGCAGUUUUUAAUAUGCUAACUGAUGAUCAAUGGGCCCCACACGGUCGGUAAAUCGACCAUGCUUACUACAAGUUUAGAUAGUUGGCCGCUAGACUAACUUACCAAUCAAAAAAAAAAAUGCCGACAUGGGCUAAUUGAGUGACUUCUGAUGCACAACCACAUUUUGAAAUUGCACCUUGUGUAUUCUAUUAUUCUAACUCUCAACAGUAAGUUUAGACCCCAACUGAGUUGGUCCGCGGGCCUACAAAUUGGUCCGCAGAGGGAUUUUCAAGCCUUGAGACAUGGAUUGUGUAGGUGUGCCAUUCAGAGGGUGAAUGGGCAAAAUAAAGAUUGAAGUGCCUUUGAACGUGUUAUGGUAGUAGGUGCCAGGCACACUGGUUUGUGUCAAGAACUGCAACGCUGCUGGGUUUUUCACGCUCAACAGUUUCCCGUGUGUAUCAAGAAUUGUCCACCACCCAAAGGACUUCCAGCCAACUUGACACAACUGUGGGAAGCAUUGGUGUCAACAUGGGCCAGCAUCCCUGUGGAACGCUUUUGACACCUUGUAGAGUCCAUGCCCCGACGAAUUGAGGCUGUUCGGAGGGCAAAAGGUGGGACUCAAUAUUAGGAAGGUGUCCUUAAUGUUUUGUACACUCUGUACAAUGUCUGAGCCAUGUUUACAUAUUGAUUUCACGUGCAUAUUUUAGUGUUGUUGAGUCAUUGUUUUAAUUAAAGAAAAUGCAAGGUGUUGCUGCUCCUGAUGAUGCUCUCAUCAGGCAUUAUAUGACUCAUGAUCAUACAUGGAAUCAGGAAUACCAACACUUUGUAUUUUCUUAAAUUUCCAAAAUUGUUACUACAGUAACUGUUAGCAUUUCAUUUUCCCGCUGUAACGAAACCGAACCGUGACCCCGAAACCGCAAUCCGUACCGAACCGUGGGUUUUGUUGAACGUUACACCCCUAGUUCCCUGUAAUAACUCUUAUGUUUCCCUCCCACAGACGUAGUAUUCUUUGUCUACCUGUACCAGCGCUGGAUCUACAGGGUGGAUCCCAACCGGAUGAACGAAUUUGGCACCAGCGGAGCGGAACCCACUGGAGUGGACCCUAACAAGGACAGCACAGCACAGGGGGAAGUCGCAGCCACAGGGGAGGUCGCCGCUACAGGGGAGGUCGCCGCUACAGGGGAGGUCGCCGCCAUAACAGAAAAAGCAAAGGAAGAGAAGAAGAACGAUUAA